AUGGAGACUUGUGCAGGCCUCCCGAUGCUGCGCUUCAUCGCAUAUGGGGUCCUCCUCUUUGCUACUCUCGUGGCCUCCAUCUCCCCCAUCUCGAUAAAGGGCUCCAAACUAUACGAUCAAGAUGGAAAGCAGUUCUUCGUCAAAGGUGUCAUUUACGCGGGAGUGGGGGAGAUUGACGUAUUGCGCGACGGAAAACAAUGCCAGCUCGAUGCUGGACUAAUGAAGGAUCUGGGUAUCAAUACAAUUCGCGUCUACGGAGCGGAUUCUACAAAGGACCAUAAGGGAUGCAUGGAGGCUUUCGCGAGCAAAGGUAUAUAUGUUUGGGUGGACCUGUCCACAGAGUCAAGAAAGAUCGAUGAUAACGCCCAGAAAACACCAGAGUGGACAAUGAACCUAUAUACUAACUUCACCUCGACCAUCGACCACUUCGCCGGCUAUGACAACGUCCUCGCCUUUACCCUGGGUUUUAAUACCCUAGAUAACACGAUCAAGGGAAGCGUUGCAGGCAUUGCUAUCAAGGCAGCCGCGCGAGAUCUCAAAGCAUUCCGAGAUGCCCGAGGUUACCGUCCGAUACCGAUCGUAUAUGCCCAAGGGCCCGACGAACCACACACAAGCAAAUGCGGACAGUUCGUCGCCUGCGGUGACAACACGGUUGAUAUGUUCGGCAUUAACAAUGAUAUAUGGUGUGAUAUCUCAUCAGGGCUCGACAUGAUGCAUGAAUUAUUCAAAGACUAUAACAUCCCGAUUGUAUUCUCGGAAACAGGCUGUGGAGGCGACAAUAAGCGAAACUUCAGCGAGGUCUAUGGGAUACUGGGGGGUGAUCUCCCUGGCAAGUUCUCUGGUGUCAUUGUAUAUGAGUGGGCUCAGCAGGAGAACAACUACGGGCUUGCGAAAUACUCGGAUAAGGCGCAGACGGGCACUCCUUCGCUCCUCGACGACUACAGUAGGCUGUCGACGGCGUUUUCAACACUGAACCCAACGGGCACAUCGAUGGCAGAUUAUAAACCGACAGAAACCGCACCGUCCUGUCCAGAUUACGACUCGGUAUCGCGUUGGGCACUCAGAGGAGAUAUUGUGCCUCCUACAAUUGCUGGGGUUGAUGUUGGGACGGUGACGGCUCGCACAACAUAUAUUCCGUCAAAGAGCCCCGACACUGCUUCGGCAACUGGAACUAUAACUGGUAGUGGUGGCGGCGGUGGGGGAGCUGGUUUAACACCUUAUGACGGCACGAAUGCCGAAGGUUCAGAUGGCUCGAACCAGAAAGGAACCGCCCUGUCAAGAGGCAGCCUGAUCGGAGUCAUUGUCGGCUGCCUCCUUGCGUUUUUGGCACUGUUGGCGCUUUUAGCGUUCUUAUUCAUUCGGAGGAGACAAGCGAGGGGGAUGGAGAAGCUCGACAAAGCAUCAUCUACAGUCACAGGCGGAGCGAGGGGAUCCGAAGGCGAUCACGAUGAUAGCAACUGGUCUAAAAUAGUUGUCUCACCCAAGAGUGAGGAGAGGGUUGAAAGAUUUGAGCUGCCGACAUUUAAGCAGAGGUCUUCAACUCCGCGUUUCGAGUUGGAUGCUACAGAAUGGAGUCAAAGUUCUAGAGAAGUCGGUUUCGAAAAGGGUGGCGUAUCUGGACAUGAGCGUAAUGCGUUAUCAAACAGAGGGAUUGCUCCAAUAGCAACCAUUGCUAAGCCAGUCUCCAUAUAUGAGUUGUCUGAUACAGGUUUAGAUCAUCCAGUACAAAGAUAG